UGGCUGCGGGGGGCAGUCGAGCCCCUGACCUGGAGCUGACGGGACACGGCCGGACCUCUGGCUGCGGGCGACAGAGCCUCAGGCCUGGGGCUGAGAGAGCAGAGCCCACACUUCAGGCUGAGAAGACAGGACCCAAACCUAAGGCAGGGGCAGGGUAGAUGGAGCCUGGGGCCUCGGGAGGGUGAGAAAAGUGGACGCAGACUUUAGCAGGGACAGAGACCAGAGACUAGCCCCAGAGAUACAUCCCCCUUCACCUCACACUGCCAAAUGGGGGCACCAGGCAGCAGCUGGCUCCCCACGCCCCUGUGCUCGCCUUCCUGGGGCCUGGAAGAGUUACGCCCCUGGCUCUCCUCCCCUACCCCAGUCUGGGCUUGGACCUCCCCCUCCAGGGCCCUCCUCCCCUUGUACUGACACCUUUGCUCUUUGCCCGGUGACAUCAUCUGUCUGUCUGUGCAGACCUAGCCGAGGCUGCCUCCCGGCUGCCAUGUUCCACCUGCCGUCCCUCCCCUCCCUCGAGUGGGGCUCCGGCCUCCUGGACUCCCUCCUGCAAGGCCUGGUCGGGGCCCUCGGAGUCUCGGUCCUGAACAGCCUCCUGAAAGUCUACUUCUUCGUGGGCUGCGCCAAUGACCCACAGCGGCGGCCCCAGAAGGAGCGGCUGCAGGCCCAGUGGGCCUCACUGGAGACGGUGCACGUGGCAGGGCUGACCCUCUUCCUGACCAUCGUGGGGGCCCGCGUGGCUGCCCUCGUGGUGCUCGAGUUCUCCCUCCGGGCUGUGUCCACACUGCUGUCCCUGGGCAAGGGCUCCCGGGACACGGAGCGGCUGCAGCUCUACCUGCUGUGCCAGUACUCGCUGGGCUGCGGGCUGGCCUGCGGCCUGAGCUUCCUGCAGGAGGGCGCCCCUCACCACACGCUGAACCUGCUGCUGAGCCUCGGGCUGGCCGGGCUGCUCGCCUCGGGGGCCCGGCGCCUCCAGCGCCACGUCUGCCGCCUGUACGAGCUGCACAGCAGCCAGCGCUACUGUGGCGUCUGCCUGGGCCUGCUGGCCAACGCCUACGGCCUCCCCCGGCUCCUGGGCCGCGCCCUGGCCGUGGCCUUUGCUGUGGGCGACCUGGCGGCUGUGGCCCUCAUCAACCAGGACUUCCUGACCACCUCGGAGGCCGUGCGCUUCUGGACGCCGCUCACCAUCUGCUACACGCUGCUGGUCAUCUACAUGCAGGAGGAGCAGCGGCAGCACCCCGGCACGCAGGGCCAGGUGCAGACGGUGCUGGUGCGCAUGGGCGGCCUGUUCGUGCUGCUGCUGACCGUGGGCCGCUGGCUGGACCUCCUGGGCGUGCUCGUCUCCCUCCUGGGCGAGCUCUGGUGUCUGGUGGGCGCCCGGCCCCUGCUUGACCUUUGCCAGAUACAGGACUUUCCACCCCAGAGGACUUCCGUGUCCACGCCCAGCCCGCCUCGGGGCUCGGCCCCCUCCUGACCCGCCUGAGGGAGGGUUCGGAGUCUGUCUCAGGCCCACGCGGCUGACCUGUGUGGCCUUGAUCCCAGGACGCUGCCUGGAGGCGGAGUGGCAGGGCCGGCCCCUGGGUGGGCGCUGGGGACCCUGCGGGAGGGCAGGGGUUUGGGAUGGGCCCUUGGAGAGAGGGGCGACUCGGGGCCCCUGGGUGAUUCCCUCUUGUUCUCAGGGUGGGCGACGGACUCAGCCCCUCACCUGCCUUCCCUGGUGGGGCUGGGGCUGGGGAGUUUCACUGUCUGCACCGGCCUCCCCUGCGCUCCCCAUAAACAAUAAAGUGGUGAUUUGCUCA